CCUCUUUGCCGUACUCAUAUUAAUUUUUCAAGGGAGAUGGGUGUAUUCGUCGCAGUAUACACAAGAAUCUCAUUGUCCAGGGGUAUACACCGACCAUGAAGAAAUGGAUUUAAAAGGGUGCAACUUGGAUACUUUUCCACCGUUGGGAGCGAGAUUACACACUUCUGUAACGUCCAUAAAUUUGGAAGAUAACGCUCUCACCGUCAUCACUAAAAAAAAGCUUGCUGGCCUUUCCAGCUUGACUUAUUUAACUUUAUGGAAUAACAAAAUAAAAUCAAUUGAAGACAAUUCGUUUUCUCAUCUCAUUGCCUUGACUGGACUGGAUAUAGGUUUUAACCAACUUACCUCCAUCAGCAAAGAAAUGUUUUCUGGUCUCCGUAAUUUGAAUCAUUUAACUUUAUGGAAUAACAAAAUAAAAUCAAUUGAAGACGGUUCCUUUUCACAUCUAGUUGCCUUGACUGGACUGGAUAUAGGUUCUAACCAACUUACCUCCAUUAGCAAAGGAAUGUUCUCUGGCAUUCAUAAUUUGACUUAUUUAUCUUUAUGGAAUAUUCGAAUAAAAUCAGUUGAAGACAAUUUGUUUUCUCACCUCAUCGCAUUAAAGAAAUUGAAUUUAGGUGAUAACCUACUUACCUCUAUCAGCAAAAGAAUGUUCUUUGGUCUUCGUAAUUUGACUUAUUUAACUUUAUUGAAUAACAAAAUAAAAUCAAUUGAAGAUUAUUCGUUAUCACAUCUCAUUGCCUUGACUGGACUGGAUAUAGGUUUUAACCAACUUACCUCCAUUAGCAAAGAAAUGUUUUCUGGUCUCCGUAAAUUGAAUCAUUUAACUUUAUGGAAUAACAAUAUAAAAUCAAUUGAAGACGAUUCGUUUUCACAUCUCAUUGCCUUGACUGAACUGAAUUUAGGUUCUAACCAAUUUACCUCCAUCAUCAAAGGGAUGUUCUAUGGCCUCCCUAAUUUGACUUUGUUAAACAUAAUCAAUAACAAAAUAAAAUCAAUUGAAGCCGAUUCGUUUAUUCAUCUCAUUGCCUUGACGGAACUGGACCUUACAGGAAAUCCUCUAACUGAGAUUGGGGCUAAAGCUUUUGCGGCUUCUUGGUACCCUCAUGGCAUCAAAUUAAUACUUGACCAAAAUUUUCUUUGCUGCUCGCGGGUGCUCUACAAUGAAUUAAGCUUUGUUAACGGAAACUGCACUUUUGAAGGGAACCUAGAAAUCUUUAAUGAUUCUUUUCAAACUAAGUGCCCUACACCAUGUAAGCCAGAAUCUACUUAAAC